AGUAACAGCACCAUAAUCGAUCUCGUUAUUAAUCAAUCUGCACUGCCAUUCAAAAUUUUAGAACCGACUAAUUAAAAAGGAGCAAAUUCUUAUCUUGGCCCAAAAAAUUCUCUGCGAUCUUAUCCCCCUGGGGUCCCGAAGAAACUUAAUUCCGGUCUCCCCGACUCCACUACCUCCGAGCGAGGUUCCUCCACUCUUCCCCCUCCCCAGGCACACACAACAUAAUCCAAGCAAAAGCUUCCAGGAUCUCCAUCAUCACUCAUCACCUACCUGACUACCUCUGCCGUUUGGCUUCGAAGAUGCAAAACGAACAGACAAUUUGAGAAGCAGAAGAACCCAGAGGAAGCAAAGCUCUCGAAAGAGCAAAUUGAGUUUAAAAAAUUUCAAUCGAUGAAACCCCACAGCCGCAAGUUCCUCGACAACUCCCCAAGCACCGACCCAUCGACGGUAGAACCAGCAGCAGCGGUAGCUCCUUCGUCCAGGUCUAGUAAAGACUACUACAACUACCCGAGGCCUUACCUACUACCCGCCACCGGCACAAGCUAUGGAGAAAACGAUACCCUGGCAACAAGGUCACAAACAGCCAUCUCGGCCCUCGACUCCUCCAUGGCCUUAACCGUGGUGGUCCUUCUCGCCGGACUCUUCUUCAUGGGUUUCUUCUCAGUCUACAUCAACCGGCUGUCGGACGAUAAUUCCCCAAACGACCCACGCCGCCGAAGCCAACAGAGUCGCAGAGAUUCUUCCUCUGGCCUUGAACCCUCUACCAUCCAAUCCCUUCCCCUCUUCGCCUAUGACGGAAACGCCAAAUCGAAAGAACCCUUGGAUUGCCCCAUUUGCCUCAGCGAAUUCGAAGAGAAAGAGACCGUCAAGGUGAUUCCUUUCUGCCGCCACGUCUUCCAUCCUCAUUGCAUAGACAUGUGGUUGUCGGCUCAUGUCUCGUGUCCCCUCUGCCGUUCUACGCAGCUGCUCCCACCUUCUUCUCCUCCUUGUGAUUGCAAGGACGAUGAUCCUUCUUCUGCUGCUGCUUCUGGGUCCGUGGCAAUGGACGAAGGCAGUGGUCAUCUGUCGCUUAUCCAAAUAAUCACUGACAAUCAAUCCUCCGGUCUCACAGGGAUAGAAAUAGAGUGUGUUGAGUGCCAGCGGCGGGACCAACAGCAGCGAGAUGAGGUACCAAUACCACCGUCCACAGGUGCGAGUGCGACAAGAAAGGCCAACGGCUUCUCCUCUUCUUCUUCCUCUUCUUCAAUAAUUGAAGAGAACAGAAACAGGGUGUACUCGCUCUCGUUGCCAAGGAGCUCCAGCUUCUAACACCAUUGUGAGCCUCCUCCGCCUGAGAUGAGAUGGACGCGAUUCACUCACAGGCGAAUAUACUAGAGCAGAGAGCAGAGAGCAGAGCAUACCCAUAACAAUUUUACCUUAUCUACUCUUUACACAGGCCUUUGUAAGUAUUCUCUCCCAUUGCUGAAUGAAAUACCCAGAUGUCUCUAGAUUC